AAGGCAUAUCGAAUUAUGUGAUUGCAACACGCAGCGAAGCCUACACACACAACAAUUUGACAACCAAGGUCCGCACGCAGAAAUUCCUAGGUUUUUAGUCGAAAGAAAAAAUGAAACUAAUCCUUGUCGCAGUUUUUUUCUGGAUUGGGAACCAAGAUUUGAAUCCUCUGGCACAAACUGAUGUCCCUGUUCAAGAAUGCUCAAGUGACAUUUCAAAGAGAUUGGACUGUGGAUGGUGGGGCAUCAGUCAACAGGAUUGUGUGAGUCGUGACUGUUGCUGGGAACCAACCGCGUCUGGACCAUCGUGCUUCAGGAAAACCAGCUCAAGAUGUCAUGUUGCUGGACCUACCCGAUUCGAAUGCGGUUGGUGGGGUAUUAGCCGCAAAACAUGCGAAGAUCGCGGCUGUUGCUAUGGAGAUGCCUGGGGUGCACCAAGUUGCUAUUACCAUGCAACAUCUAACUGCAACGUGCGGAUGGGUGACCGCAAGGAUUGUGGGUAUUCUGGAAUAACUGCUGAGAAAUGCGAAGAGAAUAUGAGUUGCUGCUAUGGAGCAGCUAGUCGUGGACCCUGGUGCUACUAUGGGAAAUCUUAACGAGUUAACUCCAAAAGUCGAUGCUCUGCCAAGCUCCAAUGUAACUGGAUAUCUUGUCGAAUGAAAAUUAUACAUAAAUCGUA